GCAGGAAGGUGCAUUGCGCGCUCCUCUUUCAGAUCCCCCGCCCCAGGUCCCCGUGUCGAAAGCCAGGCCGGGGGUCUUGCUGCUGCAUCUGGGCAGGACCGAGGGGCGGGGAGCCCGGAUUGCGUGCUAUGAUGAAAUCCCCUCGCCGGCGGGUAUAGGGAGACGGCGGCUCAUUGCAAUAUUCAGCAGCGGUAGCAACGGAGGCACCGUCUUUCGUCUGCUCUCUCCUCUCCGCCUCCUCUCCUCCGCCUCCUCCCCCAGCUGCUCCAUGGCAGAGCUGCCCUGACUCCCCCGCUGCACCGCGCCGCCUGCCCGCCAACAGCCCCGCCCGCCAACCCGCUCCGGCCCGGAAUGAUCUGAACCCUCCGACAGACACGCACCCGAGUCCAGCGCAAUCGCCGAUCGCAGAGCUCAGUGCCGGGAUGGAUGUGUUUAUGAAGGGCUUGUCCAAGGCAAAGGAAGGGGUUGUUGCUGCAGCAGAGAAGACCAAGGAAGGGGUAGCGGUGGCAGCCGAGAAGACCAAGGAAGGCGUGCUUUAUGUUGGAAGCAAAACUCGGGAAGGUGUUGUGCAAGGCGUGGCCUCAGUUGCUGAGAAGACAAAGGAGCAGGCAUCUCAGCUGGGUGGAGCUGUCUUCUCAGGAGCUGGCAAUAUUGCAGCUGCCACGGGACUGGUCAAGAAAGAAGAAUUCCCCACUGAAUCAAAGCCUGAGGAGGUUGGUCAGGAAGCAGUGGAGGAGCCACUGAUAGAGCCACUGUUAGAACCUGAGAGUGACAAUUAUGAAGAGCCACUGCAGGAGGAAUAUCAGGAAUAUGAGCCAGAGGCAUAAUGGCAACAGCUGUUCCCGACACUUCCACCAGCAGCACAAUAACAAUAAUUUCUUCUUCCCAAUCCUCACCCAUCUCUCCAAAGGAAGGCCUGGAUGCAGAUGGUAAUGGAGAGAAGAUCCCCAUGCCCCAUCCUGUCAUGAGUUCUUCCUCUAGUGCUCCAAGAGACCUUAUCAGGAUCAGUGUUUUAUGUAUUGUGGUCUUUAGCGUUAAGAGAAAGAAUUCUGAAGGCAAACCCUGACCGCAGUGGUUUGUGUGCGUGUGUACAUUUCAAACCCCAGUCUUACUGCCCUGUCUCCCUCCCAGUGCAGCAAGGCCAGACUUCAUGUGUCCGUAAGCAGCAUGUUGUAUCUCCUCUGUUUUUAAACAGAGCAUUCCAUGUCCUUGACUGGGACCUUGCACUGGGCCCCCUGUACAUUUGCUUGCACGUGAAUCAUGCCAAUUCCGUUCCAUUAUCAUUGGAACUUUUUUAAAAAAAAUAUCUCUGUCCUGGUCAUGUAAAAGAGACUUCCUGAUUUUAACGAUGCAGAAGUUAUGUCUAUGUAUCCUAAACAAAAGGAGCAUCUUCCCUUUCCUGCCCCCAGCGCUCUGUAUUGUGACUGUGGCAUGGAUAUAUACCUCCCACUGUCGCUGUGUGUGCAAUCCUGGGUUGCUGCCAGUGAUGCAGCUACCCAUCUCCAUGAAUAAAGCCAAUUCUUGACUGUA